CUACGGCUGCUCCCCAUCAUCUACAGAUGGCGGGUAAGCUUUCAACGUAACCCUCCAACCUCAGCUGUCAGCUCACUACCUCAUCUUGCCGCCUCUGCACGUCUCCGCGUCCUCCACCUCAUGGCUCGCUCGAGCUCCAACCGCUACCGCCAGGACCUGUUCGUCGCCUUCGCCGUCGCCGUCGCGGCGUGUCUUGCCGUCGGGGAGGCGUCCUUCGUCGGCUUCGACCUCCACCACCGCACCUCCCCGGUGGUCCGGCGCUGGGCGGAGGCGCGGGGCCGCCACGCCCUCGCCGCGGAGUGGCCAGCUAAAGGUUCGCCCGAGUACUACUCCGAGCUCUCCCGCCACGACCGCGCCCUCCUCGCCCACCGCGGCCUCGCCGGCGCCGGCGACGAACUCCUGACCUUCGCGGAUGGCAACGCAACCAUCCAAUACCUCGGAUCCUUGUACUACGCGGCGGUGGCGCUGGGCACCCCGAACGCGACGUUCCUGGUGGCGCUGGACACCGGCAGCGACCUCUUCUGGGUGCCCUGCGACUGCAAGCAGUGCGCGCCGCUCUCCAACAACGCCACGGCGGAGCUCCGCGAGUACAGCCCGAGGCUGUCGUCGACGAGCACGCCGGUGACGUGCGAAAACCCGCUCUGCGACCGGCCCAACGCCUGCAGCGCCGCCACCAACGGCAGCUGCCCGUACGGCGUCCGCUACGUGUCCGCCAACACCUCCUCCUCCGGGGUGCUCGUGCAGGACGUGCUCCACCUGACCCGGGAGGGCCCGGGCCCCGGCGCCGCCGCGGAGCCCCUGCAGGCCCCCGUCGUGUUCGGGUGCGGGCAGGUGCAGACGGGCGCGUUCCUGGACGGCGCCGGCUUCGACGGCCUGCUGGGCCUCGGCAUGGACAGGGUGUCCGUGCCCAGCGUGCUCGCCAGCCGCGGCCUCGUCGCCUCCGACAGCUUCUCCAUGUGCUUCGGCGACGACGGUGUCGGCCGGAUCAACUUCGGCGACGCCGGCAGCCGCGGCCAGGCCGAGACGCCCUUCAUCCCCAGGAGCACACACCCGACGUACAACGUGAGCUUCACGACGAUCAACGUCGGCAGCGAGUCGGCGCCGGUGGAGUUCGCCGCCGUCAUGGACUCCGGCACGUCCUUCACGUACCUCAACGACCCGGAGUACACGGCGCUCGCCACCAGUUUCAACUCUCAGAUUCGCGAGAGGAGGGUCAAUUUCAGCAGCGGAUCUGCAGACCGUUUCCCCUUCGAGUACUGCUACAGAUUGAGCCCUGACCAGAGGGAGGUGGAGCUCCCGGUGGUGAGCCUGACGACGGCGGGGGGAGCACUGUUCCCGGUCACCAACCCGAUCAUCGGGUUGUCCGAUAGCGCCAGCCGCCGUGCCGUCGGUUACUGCCUGGCCAUCGUCAAGAACGACAUCACCAUCAACAUCGUCGGCCAGAACUUCAUGACCGGGCUCAAGGUGGUGUUCGACCGGGAGAGAUCCGUCCUGGGCUGGCAGGAAUUCGACUGUUACAAGAACGCCAGAGUGGCGGACGGACCGGGCGGGAGCCCCAGCCCCGCGCCGGCGCCGAUGGCGACGACGCUCACGCCGCGGCAGAACGACGCCAGCAACAGGUUCCCCGGCGCGGCGCCCUUGCCGCGGCCGCCGUCCGCCGGCGCGCGCGGAGGGAUCUCCCUGCUGCUCCCUCUGCUGCUGGGCGCUGCCGCCCUUGUCUGACGCCCGCCGGCUGCUCUGGACCGUCGUAUAGAGAUAUAGAUACUGCUCGACUCCGAUUCAGAGUUCAGAUUUUGGAAUUAGGAUUAGUUUGCAGGUUGUCGUGUAUAUUGGAGACGAAAUUUCUUGGUGGUGACUGAUGAGGGGCAUUUCGUGACAUAAAUUAUUCAUAUUCAUAUACAAAUAAACAUAUAUUUGAUAAAUUAAUACUCAUAAAUGAUAAGGUUCUCUAUGGUCAAA